AUGGUUUCAUGGCGUCUCUGUGGCCUGUAUGGAGAACCGAAUCGGCAUCUCAGGCAUCACACUUGGACUCUACUUCGAACCAUGGCUGGUGAAUCGAAUCUCCCCUGGUGCAUUAUUGGCGACUUCAAUAACAUUCUCAGCAAUGAAGACAAGAAAGGUGGUCGCCCAUAUCCCUCCUCUUUGCUCACGGGAUUUCAAGAUACUGUCAAUGAUUGUAAUCUCAUUGAUUUGGAGCUCAAAGGCUACCCUUACACCUGGGAACGAAGCAUAGGAGCAGCUAAUGCAGUAGAAAUCCGUCUAGACCGAGCUAUGGUUACUCAAUGUUGGUUAGAUGUUUUCAAAGAGGUAUCCCUUACUAAUCUUGGCUUCUCUUCAUCUGAUCAUUCCCCUUUAUUUUUGCUUCCUGAAUUUACUGCUGCCACUAUUUUUUCUUCUCCUUUUCGUUAUGAAAAUGCAUGGCAUCGAGAGCCCUUAUGCCAUCAAAUUGUGUCUAACGUCUGGUACUCAAACCCGACUGUAGACAUCAUGGGAAAAAUUGCAAUCUGUGGUAAGCAGUUGGCUGAUUGGGGUCGAAACUUGACUGGAAAUUUCAAGUCUAGGCUGAAAAAAAGUAAGAAACGAAUUGCUCAGUAUAAACAUUCUGCCACCGAUUUUGAUGCUGAAAAUUUUAUGGUAGAAAAGAACAAUUAUUUUGAAAUCCUAGCACAGCAAGAACUCUAUUGGAAACAACGCUCCAAACAGUUCUGGUUACACUCAGGGGACAAAAACAACCAAUAUUUCCAUGCUACAGCUAGUGCUCGAAAAAGAUCGAACCAUAUUCAACAAUUGCAAGAUGCUAAUGCCCUCUUGCAAUCGAUCCUUGAUGAAGAAGUAAAAGUGGCUGUGUUCUCUAUGCACCCUGAUAAAGCCCCUGGGCCUGAUGGCAUGGGUCCUGGUUUCUUUCAACACCACUGGGAUAUUGUUGGUUCGGAUGUCACUAAUUUGGUGAAAGAGUUUUUUGCAACCGAGGUUUUACCAGAAGGGCUCAAUGAUACCAAUCUUGUUUUGAUUUCUAAAAAGAAAAACUUUGUUACAAUGAGCGAUCUUAGACCGAUAUCAUUGUGUAAUGUUCUUUAUAAGAUCAUUUCGAAAGUUUUAGCUAAUAGAAUGAGAGACUUGAUUGACUGUAUCAUCUCUGAAACUCAAAGUGCUUUUAUUCCUGGACGCUUGAUAUCUGAUAAUGUUAUGGUUGCCUUUGAGGUUAUGCACUAUCUGAAGCGAAAAAGAAGUGGCAAGAAAGGUUUCAUGGCUAUGAGUAAAGCCUACGAUCGAGUUGAAUGGAGUUUCCUUAGAGCAAUGAUGGCUCGUAUGGGGUUUGCUAGCAAAUGGAUUGAGCUUAUCAUGGCAUGUGUCUCUACGGUUCGGUACAGAGUUGUUCAUAAUGGUCAUGUUCUUGAUCCUAUCUCUCCUUCCAGAGGAAUUCGUCAAGGUGACCCACUCUCUACUUACCUGUUCAUUAUAUGUGUUGAAGGCCUCUCUGCUCUAAUUCAGAAAUUUGAAGCUAAUAGACUCAUGCAAGGUUGUAAGGUUGCUCAACGUGCGCCCCCAAUAACCCACAUGUUCUUCGCAGACGACAGUUAUUUGUUCAGUCAAGCCACUCAAGGGGCUGCUGGUAGCAUCACCAACAUGCUUCAACUUUUCAAAAAUGCUUCUGGUCAGAAGGUUAAUUACUCCAAGUCAUCCAUAUUUUUUAGUCCAAAUACUGACAUUGCUACCCGUGCAUCCAUCUGCUCUACUCUCCAUAUGUCAGAAGCUCUUGAAGGCAGCUUUUAUUUAGGCCUCCCAAACAUUAUAGGCCGUAAUAAAAAUGCUGUGCUUGGAUUCAUAAAAAACAAGGUCAUAUCUCGUAUCAACAGCUGGGAUGGCAAGUUUUUGUCUUAUGCAGGGAAAGAAAUUUUACUCAAGACAGUGAUCCAAUCCCUGCCUACCUAUGCUAUGAGUGUAUUCCUCCUCCCAAUUGGUACUUGUAAUGAGAUUGAGAAACUAAUGGCUAGCUUCUGGUGGAAAACUAAAUCAAGUAAUGGGCGCGGUAUUAUAUGGAUGUCAUGGGAACGUCUAGCAACUCCCAAAGAAGAAGGUGGUAUGGGAUUUAGGCAUCUCCAUGAUUUUAAUCUUGUUAUGCUUGCCAAACAACGUUGGAGAUUAUUAUGUAAGCCUGAUUCUCUUGCUGGUAAAGUUUACAAAGCCAAAUAUUUUCCACAUACUGACUUUCUCUCAUCCGACCUUGGGAAUAACCCAAGCUUUGUGUGGCGCAGUAUAUGGGGUGCAAAGGACUUGGUUAAGUUAGGGGCUUCUCGGGUCAUAGGAGAUGGAAAAGAAACAACAAUCCUGGGCUUCCCUUGGCUUCCAUCUUCCAGCAAUAGGUAUGUCACUUCUACACAUCCUGGACUCAUCAACAACACUGUCAACUCCCUUCUGCAAACGAACACAAGCUGCUGGGAUAUUGAGGCAGUCCGUGACCUUUUUUCUCCUAAGGAAGCUGAUCUAAUCCUAGCCAUUCCUCUUGGUAUCAACUCAAGACCCGACAGUUGGGCAUGGUCAGCAGAUCAUCAAGGCACUUACACUGUGCAAAGUUUUGAGCAGUUGCAGAACACACAGGACAAUGAUUUCAUUUGCCGAGCUGCAACUCUCUGUUGGGCUUUGUGGAAGGCCAGAAACAACGUUGUCUGGAACAAACUCUCUUCAACUGUGAAGGAAGUUAUGUCUACAUCUUCAAUUACUCUUGAACACUGGAGGAAAGCUCAAGAUAAAAGUGCUCUAUUAUCACUAUCGUUUGAAAAUAAUGAUGAUGGGGCUGAGCUAUGGACACCACCUGUAACUAAUAACCUCAAGAUUAAUGUAGAUGCGACACUCUUCCCAAAUGACAACUCAUAUGGCUACGGUCUAGUUGCAAGAGAUCACUUUGGCAAGUUCAUUGAGGCCAAAACUAGCCAAUUUUCUGGUAGCUAUCCGGCUGAAGUGGUUGAAGACUUGGGGAUAAAAGAAGCUCUAAGCUGGAUAAAAGGAAAAUCUUGGGACAAUGUGGAGCUUGAAUCGGACAGUCUUUUAUCUGUGCAAGCAAUAAGAAGUAACCAAAAGAUGUCCUCUACUUUUGGAAUAGUUAUAGAAGAUUGUCGCUGUUGGGUUUUAUGCCCUAAAUAA